CCAAGACGUCCAAAAGUGAUGCUUAUAAAAGUAAAAAAAAUCAAGGUGUCAUGUUAGUAAAUAUAACGAAAAACAUGGGCGAUAUAUAUAGUACAAAAGUUUUAUAUAUAAAAUUGAAGUCUAAAAAGUUUAGAUGAAAACAAAACCCUCGUUGCAUGAUCAAGUCACAGUGAUUGUAAGGCAUAUCAAAAUGGUGUUCCCCCUUUUUCUUUAGGAUUUGCUUUUUGUGAUUGUGAACCUUGCGUCCAACACCGUCUUUGUUCAUUGAUGCACUCAUUCAGUCAUUCUAUAUAUAUUAUAUCAUCUCUUCUUUAUGACACCAGAAGAAGACUUUGCUAAUUAACUAACAGCAGAUUAAAAUGGAAUGGAAGAAGUGCUAUCUAGACAUGAUAUUGGUGCCAUUAUCCUUUAUGAUCACCAUUGGCUACCACCUUUGGCUAUGGCAGAAGGUCCGAACUAAACCACUCUCAACCAUCAUCGGCACCAAUAACUAUGGAAGACGCUUGUGGGUAUCCACCAUUAUGAAGGAUAACGAGAAGAAAAAUAUAUUAGCCGUUCAGACACUUCGAAACACAAUAAUGGGAGCAACUCUCAUGGCUACAACAUCGAUACUUCUAUGCUCAGAGCUUUUAGAGAAGGGUUUCACACUUAAUGCUAUGGGGAACAGGAUCUUCUAUUCAGCACUUCCGCUCAUGCUUUGGAUUUUUGGCCCUGUGCUUGUUUUUGUGUGUUCGAUCACCAUGGUACCAAUGCUUUAUAAUCUUGAUUUCGUGUUUGGGAAAUCGAAGGAAAAGAUGGAUGAGAUACCAAAUGUGGUGUAA